GGGGUGGGGUAAAGGUUGCAUUUCUUCUUUCGAUAUCUCCAUUCAAGGCUUGUUUUGGCUGUGGGUGAAAGUCUCAUGAGUGACACUUUUGUGUUUGGCACGAUGCCCUGCAUGACCACACCAUUGGGCUCCUGGGAGUGAGCCCCGGGAGGAGCUGGGGUGGCCCCAGACUCACAGUGCCCAGCCCAGCUCUUUGGACUGAGCUGUUAAUAGGUAACUGGGGCACGGGCCAGGAGCUAUACGGCCAGUGGGGCUGAAGGCCAGUGCUGUUUCUCUAAUGCACUGAAGCUGUAGAACUUCUAGAGAUGGAAGAAAACCAGAUAACCCUGGACAGCCUUGAGAAGGGCACAGAUAACCCAGCUUUCAGCUUCCAGGGAGAGGAGAGACACUAUGAGGAAUGUGGUGGUCCAAGUGAUGAGAGCCAAAAGAAGAGAGGAGAAGAGAAAGGGAGAUUCUCCUCCUACUUCAGGAAGGCCCUGCAGCCAGCAUCCAAGGCAAAGCACUUCUGCAAGGCUCAUGGCAAAGUGUUGAAAAGGGUUGUCCUGGGGCUCCUUGGAAUAGCCUACCUGUGCUACUUCAUUGCGGCCUGUUACCUCAACUUCCAGAGAGCCCUUGCCUUGGUGGUCAUUACGGCUGUGGUUGUCUUCUUCAUCUGCUGGAGCUUCUUCAAGAAGCACUGUGGGGCAAAAGUAUUGCUUCUCCUCCGCCCCGUUGGGAAAUGCUUCCAAAAGUCCUGGCCAUGGCUGAGAUGGCUGCUGUGGGUGGCUCUCCUGGCAGGCCUGAUCGCAUGGCUGGUUUUGGACACUGCCAAAAACCCAGAGCAGCUCAUCUCAUUAGGUGGCUUCUGUGCUUUAGUGCUGUUCCUGUUUGCCUGCUCCAAGCACCACAGUGCGGUGUCCUGGAGAGCUGUUUUCUGGGGUCUUGGCUUGGAAUUCUUACUUGGAGUCUUUGUCCUCCGAACAACUCCUGGUGUCCAAGCUUUCCAGUGGCUGGGUGACCAGAUCCAGUUCUUCCUGGGCUACACCACAGCUGGCUCUGGCUUCGUCUUUGGGAACACACUCAUUGCAGAGGUCUUUGCCUUCCAGACCCUGCCCAUCAUUGUUUUCUUCAGUUGUGUGAUGUCCAUCCUCUACUACCUCGGCGUCAUGCAGUGGCUCAUUCUUAAGAUAUCCUGGCUGCUUCAGGUCUCCAUGGGCACCACACCCACUGAGACCCUGAGUGUCGCAGGGAACAUUUUUGUGGGACAGACCGAAGCCCCACUGCUCAUCCGCCCGUACCUCAUGGACAUGACCCUCUCAGAAAUCCAUGCUGUGAUGACUGGUGGCUUUUCCACCAUUGCAGGCAGUGUGAUGGGUGCCUACAUAUCCUUUGGGAUCGACGCGGCAUCGCUGAUCGCAGCCUCCGUGAUGGCUGCACCCUGCGCCCUUGCCAUGUCCAAACUCAUGUACCCUGAAGUGGAGGAGUCCAAGUUCAAGGGCAAAGGAAGUGUCCGAAUUGCCAAUGGGGAAGAGCGGAACAUCCUGGAAGCUGCCAGCAAUGGGGCUGCCGCCUCCGUGGGGCUUGUGGCCAACAUUGCAGCCAACCUCAUCGCCUUCUUGGCAGUGCUGGAGUUUAUCAACGCUGCUGUGCGCUGGUUUGGGGAGAUGGUAGACAUCAAGGAUCUCACCUUCCAGGUGAUCUUAUCCUAUGUCCUCAUGCCUGUGGCCUUUCUCAUGGGGGCAGACUGGGCAGACUCACCGGUGGUGGCCGAGCUCCUGGGGAUUAAGAUCUUCCUGAACGAGUUUGUGGCAUACCAGCAGCUGUCCGUGUACAAGAAGAACCGUCUGUCAGGCCUGGAGGAGUGGGAUGGGAACCGGAAACAGUGGAUAUCUGAACGAGCUGAGAGCAUCACCACCUUUGCCCUAUGUGGAUUUGCCAACCUCAGCUCCAUUGGGAUCAUGCUGGGAGGCCUGGGCUCCCUGGCACCUGACCGCAAGGGGGAGUUUGCCUCCGUGGUGCUACGGGCCCUGCUCACCGGCAUCUGUGUCUCCAUGCUCAACGCCUGCCUGGCGGGUCUCCUCCAUGUGCCAACAGAGGUGGGUGACUGUGUGACAUUCUUCAGCACAGCCAACUUCAGCAAUACCAGCUACACCAUAUACACGUGUUGCAAGCAGCUCUUUGCCAGCUCGACGUUCGAGAACGGGACACUCUCCUUCACAGGAUCCUGGGCUGGGCAGGCGGAAAGUGUGCUGUGGCUGACAGAGUGCUGUGGGCACUACAACCACACAUCCUGUGCAGGGACAACCUAGAACCAUGGCAGGAGCACCAGGGUCUGCAAGGCUUGCCCCAAAGGUAGAAAAAACCCUGACAGACACCUGAGCAUUUUGUCUUCUCCACUCCAAGUGCUGAUGGACAGUCGUGUGCACCUUGCAACCAGCACCCUUAGGUGCUGGCCUCAUGGACACAAUGGAGCUGCUCCGAAAUAAAUUA